AUGCCCGACCAAGUCCGACAUCUCGCCUCAGACACGGAAUCUGAAUCUGAAUCCGAUGGUGGCAUGCAACUCGACGACCUAGACCUAGAUCGCGUCGACGGUCUACCAAUGUACGACAGCGACGGUAUGCCACUUGACGGUGAACUUCCAAAUGUGGAUGGUGAACCGAUCUACCGUCCUUCGUCAGAUGAUGAUGUUUGGGGCGUGAACGGAAACAGUUCAAAUGGAUCUGACACUGGAAGAUUCUCCGGCCGCGCCCAGAAUCCCUUCACAACAUCAUACAACCGCGCCGGCCCAGACGGAACAACAGAACCCCAAACCGCCUUUGAAAAAGAUGCCCGCACACGCUCGCAUCUCUGUGACGAAAAACAUGCCGCUCUGGCUGUCCUCAUGGACAAUGAGCUAUUAGUUACAUAUGCGCUUGCCUCGCGAGAAACAAUCCCGCAAACACGCCGCCGCUUCCUGGCAAGAUAUCUCGCCCCCAACGAUCCAGAAAAAGCAGAGGAACUCUACGACCCGCGGUUCUAUAUCGCGCCUGAUGGGAAGGGCGGGGAGGGAUCACUUAUUCGUGGUCGGUAUCGGGAGGUUAUUGGGGAUGUUAAUGAUCAUAAUUGGCACAAGCCUGCGCAUUUGAGGGUUUUGGAUGCGAAAAAGGCGAAGGGUGGGUCGCGCUCUGUUUCGGCUGGGUCUUUUUCGGGGGCGAAUUCGCCGAGGGUUACCGGGGAGGGAGGGGCUUCGUUGGUUGAGAGGGGGAGGGGGAGGGAUGUGGAGGAUGAGGACGAGGAUCUAUGA